CACUAGGACUUCCGGGUGUAUGGGAACACUGUGCGGGCUGGGCCAUCGCGCGGCGGAUCUGGGGGGAGCUCGCCUGAGUUUGCCUUGGCAGUUGAAAAUUCACAGCGAGUAUUCCCCUCUGUGAGUGGUUAAUGGUGCGCUCCAGGAGGGAGGAUUCCAGGGCUGGAGACAGUGAAGGAGGACACCAUGUGUGACGGAGAGCAAAACCCCGCUGCCAUUCCCACUGCGAUGCCAGACACUCAAGGCGAUGGGCGUUGGAUGUCACUGCACAACCACUUUAUGACAAGCAGCAAAGACAAGGAACCGGAAGUGGUGUUUAUAGGGGAUUCCAAUGUCCAGCUCCUUCACCAGUUCGAGAUCUGGAGGGAACUUUUUUCCCCGCUCCAUGCCCUGAAUUUUGGUGGGGUUGGAGAUGGGACUCAGCACAUUUUGUGGCGUCUGGAAAAUGGGGAAUUGAAGCAUAUUAAACCAAAGAUCAUCGUGUUGUGGGUAGGUACAUAUAACCAGGGUCACAGUGCCGAGCAGAUUGCGGGUGGAAUUGAGGCAAUCGUGGCGAGUCUGGGCAAAAGUCAGGUUCAAGCCAAGGUCAUCGUUUUGGCUUUACUUCCACGUGGUAAAAACCCAAAUCCUCUGCGGGAGAGGAACAUGCGUGUCAACGAGCUGUUGGCCAAAACAUUGCCCUCCAAGCCCAAUGCUAUUCUCCUGAAUGUAGAUCCAGGUUUUGUGCAUUCCGAUGGCACCAUCAGUCACCACGACAUGUAUGAUUAUCUGCAUCUGACCCGGCACGGAUACGCACGCGUGUGCCAGACCCUGCACCGCACACUACUCCAACUAAUGGAUGGUAGGGUGAAGACCACGGAACAAUAAACAAACCCUUUGGAGAAGGGGUUGGAAAGGCCAGAGGACCAGAACUGCCCUGGAGGGAUGUCGGGGCGACACCUUGCCAGUAAACUACAGAAGUCAAAUGUCCCCGACGAGGCAUGCGCUGAUGUAAUCUUUUCCAUAGGGUACAAGAUUGAUGUUAAAUUAGAUGACGGGUAACAACUUCUCUUGGUUCAGUACAGGCUAUUUGCUCAGGGGUUCUGUGCACCUACCACGUUCUAGGAUCCUACUUCUUCCACCCCUUCUAAAAUGACCUAAUGCUACAUCUCUUUUGUUUUUAUGUCCUUUGUACAGUAUAUGUUAUGUUGACGUUUUUGCUUUUGUAUAAUUCAUGAAAAAUAUUGUAGUUUUUUUUUUUGUCACUUAAAAAGUGAGAGAACAUAUUGACCAAACUUGAUGACCCCAAGGUGCUCUGUCUUGCUCCAAGUUGUCCUUCCAACUAGAAACCUCCUACAGCUUUCCAUAAACUGUGUAUACAUUUUACCUUGUUGGCAUUUAUUUCUAUUAUUUAAAUAAACUAACAGCAUUGUAUGCCAGUUCUGA